UAUGCCAUGGACGAAAGUCCCAUCUUACUCGGCACCGAGCUGACCACCUGUGUCAUUGGACCUGCCGGCCAGAAGCUGCAGCACAAACUGCAAGAUGGCGGCAGGGAGAGUGUCUCCUUUGUCGUCACAAUAUGCGCCGAUGGAUCUGUGCCUUUCCCUCCGACGGUCAUUUUCUCGGGCCAGAAUUAUCUGAAGCGAUGCAUCGCUCUCUCGCCCACUGGAUACACUAACGACAACCUGUCGCUGGAAUGGAUGCAUAGAUUUGAGGCGUUGACAUGUCCUACGGGGAACCAGGCCUCGGAAUGGCGGGAGCUUGCGAUUGAAAACCACGGCAGUCACCUCACCUUACCAUUCCUCGACUAUGCAACAUCACACCGUAUCGAGGUCGUUGGCUACAUCCCAAACUCGACUCACGUUCUGCAAGGGCUGGAUGUUGCAUGUUUUGGUGCCUUCAAGACAUACUAUUCACGGACGAUUGCCUCCUAUCAACGGUGCACCGGGUGCAGCAUCACUAAAGACACGUUUCUCGAGCUCAUCAAGGAACCUUUUGAACGAGCAUUCACCCAAUCCACAAUCCUUGCUGCAUUCCGCACGACAGGCCUUGAACCAAUCAAUCCCGCUGCGAUCAAGCCCACACAACUUGCGCCUAGCGAGGAGCAUUCUGCGCCAACAGCAUUCCCACUUGAGCUACCUGCCCCAGUC